GUCGGACACGAAAGAAGCGACUUAGCAGCAGCAGCAGCAGUGUUGUUUUACUGUUACAUUUGCUUGUGAAUUUAUAUGCCAGGAUGUGUGUGGAAUAGUGUACAUAUUUUCACAUACUUGUGAUUGAGUGUACAACCCCUAAUCUGUCAGUCUCCCCAAGCCUACUGAAAAAGCAAUGAACUCGAGUUAUUUUAAAAGGUAGGUUAUUUUUCUCAUUUCUCAUAUUCUUAAUUCCCUUGAAAAGUUCUACUUGCUGCAUAAAAUCAAGAACCCUGAUUUGCAUAUCUUUGUGGUUGGUUGCUAUAAAGCCAAUAUUUAAAUUUCUUUGAGGUCUCUUUUAGUUCGUGGUAUCUCAGAUGAAGAUCUUGUCAGGAGGGUGAAUAUAUAUGUGAAUAUGUAUGUGGCUCUUGGUCUUGUGCAUUUUGUGACAAAGGAAUUCCCCUUUGAAUUGCCUGCUCCCCUGAAGCCCCUGGAGCCUCUGGCUCGAGCCGCGCAGUCGGUCUGUGCAGUGUCUCUGACGUCAGCAGUGUGUGCAUAAGCCCUGCUAUUGUCUUACUGCUAUAACUGGGCUGGGGAUUGCAGUAUCCGCUGUUGCUGCUGCUCCCAGUCUUGCCCCCGCUGCUACCUAGUCCUGCCUCCCUGCAUCCCAGAAGAGCCACGUCGGCCUGCCUUUCCCUAUUGGAUUUUCAAAAGCAGCUCUUCGGUUUUUGGUGCUGUAGGAGACCUUGCUUUUCAAUCACACGGGAGAACACUGAAGCUUGUAAGAGGAGAAUCUGGCAGCUGGACACAGUUUGGACUGCAUUGUCUGUCUUCAUGACCUCUGCUGUGUAGCAGCUCAUCUCUCCACUCUCACACGUACACUCUCCUCGAUUUUUUUCUUUCUUCCUUCUUUCCUCCAUUCUUCUAAUUUUUUAAAAGCAGCCUCUGGAGCCAGCCAUGUUUGGCACUGAGUCUUCAUUGAGCAUGUUUUUGAACACAUUAACACCGAAGUUCUACGUGGCCCUAACAGGAACUUCCUCACUAAUAUCAGGGCUUAUUUUGAUAUUUGAAUGGUGGUAUUUUCGCAAGUAUGGAACAUCAUUCAUUGAACAAGUCUCAGUAAGCCACUUGCGCCCCCUUCUGGGAGGGGUUGACAACAAUUCCUCCAACAAUUCUAAUUCCAGUAACGGGGACUCAGAUUCCAACAGGCAAAGUGUCUCAGAAUGCAAAGUAUGGCGAAAUCCACUUAAUUUAUUUAGGGGUGCUGAAUAUAAUCGGUACACUUGGGUGACUGGACGAGAGCCUCUGACUUACUAUGACAUGAAUCUCUCUGCCCAGGACCACCAGACCUUCUUUACCUGUGACUCCGACCAUCUGCGUCCUGCAGAUGCAAUAAUGCAGAAAGCCUGGAGAGAGAGAAACCCCCAAGCUAGGAUUUCUGCUGCCCACGAAGCCUUAGAGAUAAAUGAAAUUAGGUCCAGAGUUGAAGUUCCCCUAAUUGCUUCCUCUACCAUCUGGGAGAUAAAAUUGUUACCAAAGUGUGCAACUGCUUAUAUUCUCUUGGCUGAAGAAGAAGCAACAACCAUUGCUGAAGCAGAGAAGCUGUUUAAGCAGGCCCUGAAAGCUGGAGAUGGCUGUUACCGGCGCUCUCAGCAGUUGCAGCACCACGGAUCCCAGUAUGAAGCCCAACACAGACGAGACACCAAUGUCUUGGUCUACAUCAAAAGAAGACUAGCCAUGUGUGCCAGAAGACUUGGGAGGACCAGAGAAGCAGUGAAAAUGAUGAGAGAUUUAAUGAAGGAGUUCCCUCUCCUGAGCAUGUUCAACAUCCAUGAGAACCUUUUAGAGGCUCUCCUGGAACUACAAGCAUAUGCUGAUGUUCAGGCAGUCUUAGCGAAGUAUGACGAUAUAAGCUUACCAAAGUCGGCAACAAUAUGCUACACAGCUGCCUUGCUCAAAGCAAGAGCUGUUUCUGACAAAUUCUCUCCUGAGGCUGCUUCUCGGCGGGGGCUGAGCACAGCAGAGAUGAAUGCGGUAGAGGCCAUUCAUAGAGCUGUGGAAUUCAAUCCUCACGUGCCAAAAUACCUACUAGAAAUGAAAAGCUUAAUCCUGCCCCCAGAACACAUCCUGAAGCGAGGGGACAGUGAAGCGAUAGCAUAUGCGUUCUUCCAUCUGGCGCACUGGAAGAGGGUGGAAGGAGCUUUGAAUCUUCUCCAUUGCACAUGGGAAGGCACUUUUCGGAUGAUCCCUUAUCCCUUGGAAAAGGGGCAUCUGUUUUAUCCCUACCCCAUCUGUACAGAGACAGCAGAUCGCGAGCUGCUUCCAUCUUUCCAUGAAGUCUCAGUUUACCCCAAAAAGGAGCUUCCCUUCUUUAUUCUUUUUACUGCUGGAUUGUGUUCCUUCACAGCCAUGCUGGCCCUCCUGACACAUCAGUUCCCGGAACUCAUGGGGGUCUUUGCAAAAGCUAUGAUUGACAUUUUCUGCUCGGCAGAGUUCAGGGACUGGAAUUGCGAGAGUAUUUUCAUGCGUGUUGAAGAUGAACUGGAAAUCCCACCGGCACCUCAGUCUCAACAUUUCCAAAACUGAACUCAUCACCCUCCUCCCCCCACCACCAAAACUGCUCCUUCUCCCGUAUCCCUGACCUCCGCCAGUGGCUCUGACAUCCACCCAGUCACUCAAGCCAGAAACUCGGCAGCCCUCCCAGACUUCCUUCUCUCACCCCUUACAUCCCAUCUGUCUCUGUUUCCACAGUCUGUCGGAUCUAACCUCCUGAGCCGCUCGGCGGUCAGUAGAUGGAAUUCACCUCUUAUCUUCCUUCUUCCCCCAUGACUCUCUUAGUUUAGAUCUCUGUGAUUUCUUGCAAGUCUUAACUGGCCUCCUUUUUUCCAGGCUUAUCCUCUGCCAGGAUCUCCUUUGUACUGACCGAAGAAUGAUGUUUUUUAGAAAAUCUGAGCAUGUCACUUCUGUGCUUGAAUUUCCCCAAUGGUUUCCCCCCAACAGCAGGAUAAAGUCACAGACCUUUAGCAUGGCGCACAAGGUCCUUUGUGAUCUGGCCCUUGCUUGCCUCUUCAGCUUGUCUCUUUCAACUCUUGCCCAGGCACUGCUCUUGGGCCACAGUGGAUUUCUCACCAUUCCCAGAUGCAGCAGGCUCUUGUGCACCCCAGAGCUUUUGCACUUUCCGUUCGCACUGUGUGGAAUGCCCUUCCCCAUUCCCACCAGCACUUGUCCAGUCUACUAAUGCCUCUUUAUUCUUUUAUACUCGGCUUCCUUUCUGAGUUCCUCCUAAGCUGAGUUAGACACCUUUCCUCUCUGACCCCACCCAUGAAUACCUAUAUUAUUACAUUUAUUGUACUGUAUUAUAAUUGUUAAAAUCUUGUCUGACCCCCUUUUAGAAUGUGAGCUCCUUGCGAGCAGGACUGUGUCUUCCUCAUCUCUGUAUCCCCACAGCUUUGCCUUGCACAUAGUAGGUUUUCAAUAAAUGAUUAUUAAAUGAAUAAA